UCAAUUAGCUUUCAUAAUGGAUGUGAAAGCUCUCUUUUACAUUCUUCUUUUAUUGUUUACCAUAUCUUCAGCAGAAGAUGUGCUGCUUAAUGUAAAAGGGGUUACUAACAUUGCUACCACAGAUAAUAAUUUUAUAUGUGCAACUUUAGAUUGGUGGCCUGAAAAUAAAUGUGAUUAUAACCAAUGUCCAUGGGGAAAAGCUGGCAUUCUCAAUCUGGACUUGGGUAACAGAAUUCUAUCAAAUGCUGUCAAGGCAUUUAAUCCUUUGAGAAUCAGACUAGGAGGAUCAUUGCAAGAUCAAAUUAUUUAUCAAUUUGGGUCUCACAUAAAGCGUUGCCCUAAUAUGAUCAAGAUAGCUGGUGGUUUGUUUGGAUUCAGUAAAGGCUGCCUUCCCCAAAAUCGAUGGGAUCAAGUAAACGACUUUUUUAACAAAAAUGGAGUGAAAUUAACUUUUGGGCUAAAUGCCCUAAUUGGAAAGAAUAUUUCCAAGGUGGACAAUAAGAGUUUUUUGGGAGAUUGGAGACCAGCCAAUGCCAUAAGUCUCAUGAAAUACACAAUUUCAAAAGGAUACAAAAUAGAUUCAUAUGAAUUAGGGAAUGAGCUAUGUGGUGAAGGGAUAGGUGCAAGAGUAGACAGUGUUCAAUAUGCUAAAGAUAUUACUAAGCUAAGAUCUAUAGUUAAUAGAUUAUACCCAGAUGUGACUACAAGACCAAAAGUGGUAGGCCCUGCUGGUUUCUAUGAUAGGGAAUGGUUUGAUACAUUUUUACAUAAUGUUAGACCUGGUGUGGUUGAUGGAGUCACUCAUCACAUUUAUAACCUUGGUGCUGGUGUUGAUAAAGAACUCAUCAAUAGAGUUCAAGACCCUUAUUUUUUAAGUCAAAUUGGUCAAACUUUCAAAGAUGUAGCAGUAACAGUCAGGCAAUACACACCAAGGGCAGGAGCAUGGGUUGGGGAAGCUGGUGGAGCUUAUAAUAGUGGUGGAAAAGAUGUGUCACACACUUUUGUUAAUGGCUUUUGGUACUUGGACCAACUAGGCAUGACAGCAACCAUGAACCAUAAGGUUUAUUGUAGACAAACUCUUAUUGGAGGAAAUUAUGGUUUGCUAAACACCACAUCUUUUAUUCCUAACCCUGAUUAUUAUGGAGCUCUUUUGUUUAAUCGACUAAUGGGACCCAAAGUGCUCUCUAUUUCUCAUGAAGCAUCUCAUUAUUUGCGUACAUAUGCUCAUUGUUCUAAGAAUGGGCCUGGUAUCACUGUGCUGAUCAUCAACAUGGCAAAAACCAUUUUCAAUCUUUCAAUAAUGAAUGACAUGAAUAAACAAAUGAGGGAAGAGUAUCAUUUGACACCAAAAGAUGGAAACAUUCAAAGUGAUGUGGUGUUGUUGAAUGGAACACCAUUGAUGCUUACUCGGUCAUUGGACAUUCCACUAUUGAAACCAGUAUUGGUUUCUUCAUCUUCUCCAAUCAAAGUGGAUCCUCAAUCCAUAGUGUUUGUGCAACUCAAAGGCUUCAAUGCACCGGCAUGUGUGUAAACAUAAAUAUUAAUCACCCACUAUACUAACCAGGUGUUUACCUUGAUCUUUGGUAAACAACCGCUGAUUUAAAAUUAGUUAUUUGCAAG